AUGGACCCUAGCAUCAAGCUUACUUUAGAAGAUGGAGAUUUACUACAAAAUAUUGAGUUAUAUCGUCGCCUUGUUGGGAAGUUGCUUUAUCUCACAUUCACACGGCCAGAUAUAACUUAUGCAGAGCACAAAUUAUGUCAGUUUACUGCAUCUCCCCGCCAACCUCAUCUUCAAGCCGCUUAUAAAGUGCUUCAUUAUCUUAAGGGCACUGUUGGUCAAGGCCUAUUUUACUCUGCUCAAUCUGAUAUGAAGCUAUCUGUAUUUGCUGAUGCUGAUUGGGGCUCUUGUUCUGAUACGAGAAGGAGUGUUUCUGGUUUUGGUAUGUUUGUUGGGACCUCUCUCGUUGGUUGGAAAUCAAACAAACAGGACACUGUCUCCCACUCAUCUGCUGAGUCCGAAUACCGUGCGAUGGCUGAUGUUGUUCGCAAGACCAUGUGGUAUCGAUUUCUCCUUGAAGAUCUUUGGGUACACCUCUGCAGCAACUCCUCUGUACUGUGA